AUGUAAGCAUUUCUUCACUUUAAUUGUCUUAAUUAAAAGGAAUUUCUUAAAUAAAAUUAAUUAAUUCUCAUAAUAUGUAAUUUGGAAAAAAAAAAAUGUGCUCAUAAAUUACUAAAUACAAUUAAGUGUGAUAUCCCAAUCAAUUUUAAAGAUUGGAAUUGUAACAAAUAGUUGUCAUAUAAUUACAUAGAAUAUUCAUUAUAUAUAUAUAAUAACUAUAUCAAAAUCUUGUUAAUUUACGUAUCAUUUCUGUUUGCCCUAUAUUCUUAUUUGUCUAAUUAACUAUUAAGUUAUUUUAUGUUUUUCAUAAAAUUAAUUGUUUAAUUUAGAAAUUAAUUUACUACAAAAUUCUAUUAUUUCUAUAAUAUAUCUAAAUAUAUAUAUACUUUAGCAUAAUAGAAUUCAAAAAAAUUGUGA